GUCUGUUGCAAAACACAUGAGGAUCUUUUUAUUGCAAGCCACAGCUUGGGCUCACGCGGCCUCACCUCCGAAGUGGUGCUGAGAUUUAUCUUGUGUGUCUGAGUGGUUGGCCUUAUGCAUGUAUGUGUCCCGUGUGCAGGCCGGGUGCCCACAACGGACAGGAGAAGGCAUUGGAGCUCGAGCAGCCGGAGUUAAAGGCGGUUGCGAGCUGUCACACGGACUGAACUUGGGUCUGCUGCUGAGCCAUCUCUCUCGACACCAAAACACCCUCUUCAGAUCUCCGCGAGCACUAGCAAUGUACACGGUGCACACACACACAUGCAGGCAACACACACACAACAGCAAACCCCGCGUCCCUGGCGGCUGUGCUGGCCUGCUUGCUUUGACAUAGCUGUGCGCCCUUUCACAGCAGUAAAACUUUCUGUCUUCCCAGAAACACUUUGGAUCCUAUGGUCAUUUUCAUGAGAGUAAUUUCUAGCACUAUAAGACCUUGUCUCAAAAUAAAAAGUAAAAAGACACCUGAAAGACAGGGAUGGUGAUGUAUGCCUAUAAUCUCUGCACUCCAAAAAGCUGAGGCAGGAGGAUUGCCUUGAGUCUGAGGUCAGCAGCCUGGGCUAUUUUGUGAAUUCCUAGGCAACAGAGUACGGAGGUGGGGGGAGGGGCAUUUCUCCAAUGCUCCUCUCUCUGUUCCCCAGGCACCUCUCUCUGAUGACACUUUAGUUGUGUCCUUAAGGGUCAAAGCUUCAACUCAGAUAGUGUUCACCGGAAGGUAGAGCCAAGUAGCACACACCUUUCCGUAGGCCCCGCCUCCAGCCGUUCCGGCAGAGGGCAGAGGCUCUUCAGACCUGCUGUGGUGAAGAUGGCCUUGCGCUGGGGCAUUGUGUCAGCGGGCUUAAUCGCCAGCGACUUUACAAUCAUGCUGAGCUCGCUGCCUCCCUCGGAGCACCAGGUGGUGGCAGUGGCCGCGAGGGACCUGAACCGGGCGAAGGAGUUUGCACAGAAAUACAACAUCCCCAAGGCCUAUGGCUCCUACGAGGAGCUGGCCAAGGACCCUAACGUGGAGGUGGCCUACAUCGCCACCCAGCACCCCCAGCAUAAGUCUGCCGUGCUCCUCUGCCUGGCUGCAGGCAAGGCUGUCCUCUGCGAGAAACCCAUGGGCGUGAAUGCAGCAGAAGUUCGGGAGAUGGUUGCAGAGGCCCGUUCUCAGGGCCGCUUCCUCAUGGAGGCCGUCUGGAGCCGGUUUUUUCCUGCUGUGGAGGCUUUGCGAGAAGUUUUGGGCCAAGGAACUGUCGGGGACCUGCGAGUGGCCCGUGCAGAACUUGGGUUUAAUGUAAACAACAGUUUACCCCGGGCCACAGACCGGAGCCAGGCCGGAGGCGGCGUGCUGGACCUAGGCAUUUACUGCGUCCAGUUCCUCUCCUUGGUCUUUGGUGCGCAGAAGCCAGAGAAGAUUUCAGCCGUGGGAAGGAUCCAUGAAACAGGCGUGGAUGACACUGUCAGCGUGCUGCUCCAGUACCCGGGAGGGGUCCACGGGAGCUUCACCUGCAGCAUCUCCGCCGCCCUCCCCAACACUGCCUACGUGAACGGCACGAAGGGCACGGCCCAGAUUCUCCAAAUGUGGUGCCCAACCGAGCUGGUGGUGAAUGGCGAGCGUAAAGAGUUUCCUCCACCUGUCUUCGGGGAAGGGUACAAUUUUUUAAAGGGGCCGUGCAUGAGUUAUGAAGCCAACCACGUCCGAGAGUGUCUGCGCAAGGGUCUUAAGGAAAGCCCUGUGGUUCCUCUGGCAGAGAGUGAGCUCUUUGCUGAAAUCCUUGAGGAGGUGAGGAAGAUCCUCGGAGUCACCUUCCCCCAGGAUAAAUGUUGAUGAGCUCCUGGGGUGGACAUGGCAAAUAAUCCUUUUUCUGCUUGGGCCACCCUGACUUGACCCUCAUUGCUUUGAAGUUAUUUUUGCAAAACAGCCCAUGUUCUCAGGCUGAAAACCACUCCCUUUCUGGAUUUCUUAAAGUCCUUUUGCUUUUGUUCUUACUGUA